AUGGUGAAAACACUCAACAAUCAGUUUCAUAGUUCCAUGACAGAACCUGUGACACAAUUGUUUGAUACAGACAGGAACUCUGUUUCUCAUUCAAAUGGGGGAAUAAAUGAAGUUUGGGCACAAAAGUCCAUCUAUGUGGCAACCAUGGUGGGUAACUUGGGGAUGAUGGCACUGAUUAAGCUGGAUCCCCGUCUGCACACACCCAUGUACUUCUUUCUCAGCAGCCUCUCCUUUGUUGAUGCCUCUUACUCUUCUUCUGUCACCCCUAAGAUGCUGGUGAGCCUCGUGGCUGAGAGGAAGACCAUUUCUCUGAAUGGAUGUGCUGCCCAGUUCUACUUCUUUGGCUCCUUCCUGGGAACUGAAUGCUUCCUGCUGGCGAUGAUGGCCUAUGACCGCUAUGCUGCCAUUUGGAACCCUCUGCUCUACCCAGUUCUCAUGUCUGGGAGAAUUUGUGUCACGUUAGUAGGUACUUCCUUCCUUGCAGGGUUUGGAAAUGCAGCUGUGCACACAGGGAUGACCUUCAGAUUGUCUUUCUGUGCCUCUAAUAGGAUCAACCAAGUCUACUGUGACACACCACCCCUGCUCAAACUCUCUUGCUCUGACACCCACAUCAAUGGCAUUGUGAUCAUGGCUUUCUCCAGUUUUAAUGUCAUAAGCUGUGUUAUAAUUGUCCUUAUUUCCUACAUGUGUAUUCUCAUUGCAAUAUUGAAAAUGCCUUCAGUAGAUGAUAAAUUCUGUUACUUCUGA